AUGAGCAAUCGGAAUCGAAGCCGAGAUGUUUCAUCUGAAAAUCUCAAUAAACAAUCAUCAUCAUCAGAAUCUGGAUUAAUAUUAUCAACAAAAAAAAAUCAAUCAACAUUUCAUAAAACAGCUGAUGUUGAUGAUCCACCAUUUAGUCGACUUUUUUUACUUAUACCAAAAGCUAUGUCAGAAGAUGAAUUACGUAAAGCAUUUCUUGUUCAUGGAACAAUUCAAGAUAUUCAUAUGGUACGAGAUCGACGAAAUCAAGAAAGCAAAGGAAUUGCUUAUAUUAAAUAUGAAAAAGCAUCAGCAGCAGCUCGUGCUAUGGAAGAAAUGAAUGGAACUGUUAUUCCACCACAUACACGUCCAGUGAAAGCUAUUAUAUCAAGUUCACGUCGUGAAGGUAGUGUACGUGAUCCAGAUGAACAUGAAAAAAUGUUACGUUUAUUUGUUGUUAUAUCAAAACAUAUGACUAAAGAUGAUUUACGUAAAGUAUUUGAGAAAUAUGGUUCAAUUAUUCAUAUUAAAAUUAUUGUAGACAAAUUAACGGGUGAAAAUAAAGGAUUUGCUUAUAUUUCAUUUUCAAAAGCAUCAGAAGCUGCUUAUGCUUUGGAAGAAUGUGAUCCAUGUUACAAACCCAAAUUUGCUGAACCAUUUUCUUCAAAACGUCAUCGUGAUGCUGAAGAAAUUUUGUCUUCAUCAGCAUCAUUAUAUGGAGCUGUUUCACCUCCUUAUUGUCAUAAAAUACCAAUAGGUAAACAACAUCCAUCACCAUCAUCAAAUUCAAUUGAUCAUCGACCAUCUCCACCUCCUUUACUUCCACUUCCGCCAUCACGUUCAUUAUCACAUACUGAAACAAAUCAAUCAAUAACAUCAUCAGCUUAUCAUUUACUUGAUAAUAAUAAUGAACGUCGUUUAAUUGUUCGUUGUGGUUUAACAAUAACAAAUUAUCAUAUAUCAAAAUUAUUUGAUCUUAUACCAAAUAUGGAAGAAUGUUCACCACUUAGUUUAAAUACAUUUAAUGAACAUUAUUUUAUUGUACGUUAUAAAUCUUGUCAAUUUGCAACAUAUGCACGUGAAAAACUGCAUGCAUUUCAAUUUCCUGAUGGUGAAAUAUUAUCUGUUCAAUAUUAUGAUGAACAAGUUGUUAAUGAUUUGAUUAAUCAAUCACAAAAUGGUAAAUAUGGUGAUACAUCAGGCAUUGGACAAUUAAUACAUCAAAUGAGUAAUUUACAAGGUAGUCAAGAACAAUAUGUUGAUUAUUGUAAUAUUCCAUUGCCACCUAAACAAAAAUAUGCUUCAUUUGAUGCACCUGUUGCUAAAACUUUACAAAUAAUGCCUCAACGUUCAAUACCUGAAGAUUAUAUUCGUGAUGUAUUUAAUCGUUUUGGAAAUUUAAUUGAUGUUCGUAUGAUAAAUCAUCAAUUAUGUUAUGUUAUGUUCAGUGAUGAAGUUAGUGCUGAUACAGCUAUGGAAACAAUGAAUGGACAAGAAAUCGCAUUAGUUCGUAUACGCAUUAUUGAAAGUGAUAAAUCUGUUGAUUCAACAACUGCUUCUGUUGUACAUCGAAAACGACAAAAAGUGUUCAAAAAUCAAAUGAUUUAA